GCGCGCGGCUGAUCGGAGCUGAAAGUUGAGAGGAGGGAAGCGGCGGAGCGACAGCAGCGCCCGCGAGCGCGUCCGGAUCCCCGCUACUGUAUCUAUCUAUCGAUCUCCUGAUCGCCCGACUGAUUGAUCGAUUAUUGUGUUUAUCAUGCUCCGCACUCUUCCCGCCGCCUCCUGAGCCGGAUACAGCGAGCCCUCGUACCGGAGCGCCCCCUCCUCCCGCUCCGCGGCUCCGGGGCUCCGCGGCUCCGGGGUUUCGGCACCAUGUUCUGGACCCUGCUGCUGCUGUCCUGCUGCGCCACGCUCGCGUUGGGCAACGGGACGCGGGACGCGGAGCGCGUGCUUUUCUUCCACGGCCACGUGUUUGAGAACUCGCCGGUGGGCUCGCGCGUGAACGGGCUGAGCAUCCCGGCGCGGCGCGUGGGCGCUGAGCCCGGCGCGCGCCUGCGGCUGCUGGGCGACGGCAGCGAGGCGUUCCGCGCGUUCGCGCACCACAAGCGCGGCCACGUGCUGCUGAAGACCGCCGCCGUGCUGGACCGCGAGCGGCGCUCGGGAUACGUGCUGGGGCUGAACUCCGGAGCUGCUGGAGCCGCGGCGUCGCCGGUGGCGUCGGUGCGCGUGGACGUGCUGGACACCAACGACCACGAGCCUACGUUCCGGCACCGGGCGGUCACGCUCGCGCUGGACGACGCCACGGCGCUGCGCUCGGUGGUGCACCGCGUGGCCGCCGAGGAUACGGACAGCGGCAAGAACGCGGAGCUCACGUACUUCGCGCUCCCGCGCAACGGGAGCUUUUACGUGGUGCCCAAAACCGGGGACGUGCUGCUCGUGGACUCCAUCCUGGGGCUGGCCACGCCGGUGCGCUUUACUGUCUUCGCGCGCGACCGCGGGUGGCCCUCGCGCACAAGCCCGGGCGUGGAGAUCGAGGUCCGUCCGCGCCAGGCGAGACCGUCCGUUCCCGUUACCAAGAAUACCAGGAAUCCCACGAAGUCGCGGCGCUCCGUGCACGAGCCGCCCGAGCCGCCCGCGCUGGUCAGCGUGUCCGAGGACGCGGCGGUGGGCUCGGUCAUCAUGAGCCUGAGCCCCGCGCGCUUCCCGGCGGCCACGUUCGAGCUGCUUCUACAGGAAGAGGCGGACCGGGACCCGCCGGUGGCAGUGAACCGGGACAGCGGGGAGCUGGUGAUCUCCCGGAGCCUGGACCGCGAGACCGAGCCGCUGGUGGAGGUGACGGUCAGAGUGCAGGAUAAGAGGGGUCCAGACUGGUACCUGGUGAGGGUGGAGCUAACCGUGCUGGAUGUAAAUGAUAACGCUCCUGAAUGGACCAUGGUACCCUUACCGUACCUGGCUGUGGUUUCUCCCAGUUCUCCCGCCAGUACACUGGUCUACAAGCUUCAGGCUAGAGAUGGAGAUGAAGGAAUUAAUGGAGAGGUGGAGUACUUCUUAUCAGAUGGAGGGGACGGCCGGUUCGACGUGGACAGGAAGACGGGUCACGUGAGGACCACCGGGCUGCCGCUGCAGAGGGACCGCGAGUAUCUGCUGAGCGUGGUCGCCGCCGACCGGCUGGGCAGCCGAAGCCCCCCGGCUGUUGUGUCUGUGGUGGCCGGACCCCGAGCGCCGCAGUUUACCAACGCCUCUUACACAAUCUCCAUCCCCGAAAACACACCGGAGGGACAAGCCUUCAUGGUGACUCCAGCCCUGUCCUUCCAGAAGCAGCCGAUCAGCUACAGCCUGCUGAUCAAUCCCAGCAGCCUGUUCAGCAUCCAGCAGGAGACGGGCGAGAUCAGCCUGACCCGCGACAUCGACUACGAGACGGACCAGCACCGCUACCUGCUGCUGGUGAGAGCCAGCGAGAGCAAGGACAGCCUCAGCAGCGCCGCCGAGGUACGUGUGAUCAUCACAGAUGAGAACGACUGUGUUCCAGAGUUCCUGCAGUCAAUUUACAGCAAAGACGGCGUCCCUGAGACAGUCACAACAGCAACGUCUCUUCUACAAGUUUCGGCCAGCGACUGUGAUUCGGAGCAGAAUGCUGAUAUCACCUACUACACCCUGAGCUCCGACUUCAUCAUCUCCCCUCACGGCACCAUCUUCCCCGCCGGCCCGCUGGACUACGAGCGACCCAAUCACCUGUAUGAAUUCGUGGUGAUGGCGGUGGAUAAGGGUGAGGUUCCCCGCACCGGCACCGCCACGGUACGCCUGCGGAUGGCCAACGUUAACGACGAGCCGCCGGAGUUCUCCCAGCCUGUGUAUCGUACGUUUGUGUCGGAAGACGCUGGACCCAAUACCCUGGUGGCGACGGUUUUGGCCAAAGACCCGGAUGGAGACGGGAUCACGUACAAGAUCUCCUCAGGAAAUGAAGAAGGCAACUUCGUGAUUGACAGUCAGAAAGGCCUGAUCCGCCUUCGCUCCAGCCCUCCGCCCAAACUGCAGGGAGUUGAGUACGUCCUGAACGUCACCGCCACCGACGACAACGCCUCCGGCGGACCCCAGUCUCUCUCGACCACGGCUCAGGUCAUCGUAGGAGUGGACGACGUCAACAACAACAAGCCCAUCUUUGAGAAGUGUCAUCAGUAUAAGGAGAGAGCGUCUGUGGCGGAGAAUAAGCCGGCGGGGACGUUCGUGCUGCAGGUUCACGCAGUCGACGCAGAUGAAGGAGCCAAUGGGAAAGUGACGUACGGCUUCAUGCAUAAAGACAGCACGGUCCCGGCCUUCAACAUCGAUCCUGAAACAGGUGCGAUCGUGACGGCGAGGAAGUUUGACCGUGAGCGUCAGAGGGAGUACGCGGUGACGGUAACAGCGACAGAUCAGGCCGCCGACCCGCUAAUCGGCAUCUGCCAGCUCAACAUCCUCAUACUGGACGAGAACGACAACAGUCCCAAAUUUGAGAAUCUGCGCUACGAGUACUUCUUGCGGGAGGACACUAUGAUUGGCACCAGUUUCCUGCGAGUGGCUGCGCAUGAUGAUGACUACAGCACCAACGCUGCCAUCACUUACUCCAUGUCUAAAGAGCAGCCCGAGUACCUGCGGGUCAACCCGGUAACCGGCUGGGUCUACGUCAACCAGCCCAUUUCACAGAGGGCCUACAUCACCAGGGAGAUCAUCGCCACGGACGGAGGCAACCAGAGCAGUUCCGUGGAACUGUCCGUCACAAUCACCAACGUGAAGAACCAGCCGCCGCAGUGGGAGAAGGACAGCUACGAGGUGGUCAUCCCGGAGAACACCGUCAGAGAUACGCCAGUGGUGACGGUAAAAGCCACGUCUCCGCUGGGUGACCCCCGGGUGACCUAUAACCUGGAGGAUGGCAUGGUGCCGGAGACCAACAUGCCGGUCCGGUUCUACCUGAAGCCGAACCGAGAGGACGGGUCCGCCUCCAUCCUGGUGGCCGAGCCGCUGGACUACGAGACCACCCGCAACUUCCUGCUGAGGGUCCGAGCUCAGAACGUCGCCGCCGUGCCUUUAGGAGCUUUCACCACUGUCUACGUCAACCUCACAGACGUGAAUGACAACGUUCCCUUCUUCACCUCAUCCAUUUAUGAAGCUUCGGUGACUGAGGGGGCGGAGAUCGGGACCCUCGUUCUGCAGGUGUCAGCCAAUGACCUGGACCUGGGUUUAAAUGGAAAGAUCUCCUACUCGUUGCUGAACGACCGCAGUGGAGACUACCAGUACUUCCGGAUUGAUCCUGAACUCGGCUCCAUAUACACUGAAGCCGUGUUCGACCGGGAGACCAAGGGCUCGUACCUGCUGGAGGUGAAAUCCACGGACAGCUGGGAGUCCGCCAGACCCGGCCGACACGGCCAGCCCAACUCAGACACGGCGUACGUGAGGAUUUUCAUCAGCGACGUCAACGAUAACAAGCCGGUCUUCUCCCAGACGCUGUAUGAAGUCGACGUGGAUGAAGACGCAGACGUGGGCUCCACCAUCCUCACCGUCAGCGCUAACGAUGAAGACGAAGGUGCUAACGCUAAGCUACGCUACCAGAUCACGUCGGGGAACACCGGGGGCGUGUUUGACGUGGAGCCGGAGGUGGGCACCAUCUUCAUCGCCCAGCCGCUGGACUACGAGCAGACCAAGCGCUACAAGCUGCACAUCCUGGCCUCGGACGGGAAGUGGGAGGACUACACGGCCGUGGUGGUGAACGUGGUGAAUAAGAACGAUGAGGCGCCCGUGUUCUCAGUGAACGAGUACUACGGCAGCGUGACGGAGGAGCUGGACGGGUCUCCGGUGUUCGUGCUGCAGGUAACAGCCACUGACCCAGAUAAGGAUGCUGACCAAGAGGCUCUUCGGUACUCUCUGCACGGUCAGGGAGCCGAGAGCGAGUUCAUCAUCGACGAGGUGACGGGGAAAAUCUACGCCCAGAGGACUCUGGACAGGGAGGCCCGAGCUGUGUGGCGAUUCGUGGUCUUGGCGACGGACGAGGGCGGCGAGGGGCUGACCGGAUUUACAGACGUCAUCAUAAGUGUUUGGGACAUCAACGACAACGCCCCUAUCUUCGCCUGUGCGCCGGACAGCUGCCACAGCGAAGUGGCGGAGAAUUCGGCUUCUGGCACGUCCGUUAUGGAGAUGACCGCCACUGACUUGGAUGACGCAGCUGUCGGACAAAACGCUGUGCUUGCGUAUCGAGUUCUGAGUAAUCUUGCCCUCAACGGAGGCAACAAUGGAGCGGAGAUGUUUACCAUCAACCCAGCCACUGGGACCGUUUCCGUAGCCAUGUCUGGACUGGACAGGGAGCACAUCGAGUCGUACGUCUUGGUCGUGGAGGCCAGGGAUGGCGGAGGCAUGUCUGGAACGGCGACCGCCACCAUUCACGUCAAGGACGUUAACGACCAUGCCCCUCGUUUCUUGGACCGCUCUUGUUCGGCGAGGAUUCCAGAAAGCAGUGAGCAGAACGCCGCCGUUCUGGAGCUCGCCGCUGAGGACGCCGACGCUGGAGAGAACGGUCAGCUUACUUUUAGCAUAGUGGCUGGAGAUCCUGAGCAGAAGUUCUACAUGGUGAGCCACCGGCAAGAGCAGCGAGGAACCUUGCGCCUGAAGAAGCGACUGGAUUACGAAAAGCCAGGAGAGCAGAGUUUCAACUUGACCAUUAAAGUCGAGGACCUGGACUAUUCCAGCUUGCUGCACUGUACUCUAGAGAUUAAAGACUGCAAUGACCAUGCUCCAGUCUUUAUUCCACACUUCCUGCAACUUCCAGCUCUCCGAGAGGACAUCCCGGUUGGCACUAGUGUGGCUAUGGUGGUUGCAAGUGAUUCGGAUUCAGGGUUAAACCGAGAGAUUACCUACACCAUCGCUCCUGAAUCAGAUCCUUUUGACUUGUUCUUGGUGGACCAGAGUGGACUGGUCACUGUAGCAGGUCAACUAGACCGAGAACAAGCUUCCCAGCAUCAUCUGGUCGUUCUUGCGACCGAUCACGGAUCUCCACCGCUUACCGGCACCGCCACCAUCCAGUUGUCCUUGUUGGACGUCAACGACAAUGGGCCGGAAUUCGAGUCUACCUACUCGCCCGUGGUUUGGGAGAAUGUUGCUGGUCCUCAGGUGGUCCGGCUCAACGCGAGCUCCACGUUGCUCAGAGUUAUCGAUCGAGAUUCGGUGGAGAACGGAUCGCCGUUCUCUUUCUCCGUCCCUCCGGAGUACCGUUACAGCAAUGACUUUCACCUGCAGGAUAACGAAAACGACACAGCCACUGUCACAGCCCUCAGGGCCUUCGAUCGGGAGCGGCAGAAGCAGUUCCUACUGCCCGUUAUCAUGACUGACAGCGGAAAGCCACCCAAAACGGUCACCAGCACGCUCACCAUCACUAUAGGCGACAAGAACGACCACGCUCAUCUUCCCGGAGAGAAGAAGAUCUACAUCAACAGUCACAGAGGUCGGAUGCCGACGACGGUUUUGGGGAAGGUCUACGCUCCUGAUCCGGACGACUGGGACAACAAAACAUACGCCUUCGAAGGACAUGUUCCCAACUACUUCAUCCUGAACAAGAGAACGGGUUUCCUGGUGAUAAAAGAGAACGCUCCCCCCGGGAUGUACGAGUUUCAGGUGCGAGUGUCGGAUGAAGAGUGGCCAGAUGCCGUCUCCACUGUGAUUGUCCGGGUGCGAGAGUUACGGGAUGACAUCAUCUAUAACUCCGCCUCUCUUCGCAUCGCAGAUAUCACUGCUAAAGAGUUCAUGGAGCGGCGAGGAGGUUUACGCAGCAGAUACGAGCUGCUGGGAGACUUCCUGUCUGAGAUGCUGUCCGUCGGCCCGGACGAUAUCAACAUCUUCAGCCUGGUGGAAGUGCGGGAGAGGACCGUGGACGUGCGGUUUUCCGUACACAGCGCCCUCUUCCUGCGGGCUGAGAGAAUACACGGGUACCUCGCCGCUCAUAAGCAGAAGCUCCAGUCGUUCCUGCAGGUGAACGUAACACAGGUGCACGUGGAUGAGUGUGCAGCUGCAGACUGCGGGGGAGGCGGCGGCUGCUCGACUCGGCUGAGUGUGAGUGACCGGCCCACCGUGGUGGACUCCGGCAGCAUGGCCUUGGUGUCGGUGACCCUGGAAGCCGCCGCUGUGUGCAGCUGCUCCGCCCGGGAACACCUGCACCAGGGCUGCUCCACCUACCCCUGGAACCCCUGUCACAACGGAGGAGUGUGUGUGGACACCCAGAGCGGAUACAGAUGUCAGUGCCCGGCGCAGUUCGAGGGACCCGAAUGCCAACAGACCAAGCACAGUUUCCAUGGCAACGGAUAUGCUUGGUUUCCCCCAAUAAGGCCGUGUUUUGAGAGCCACCUCUCGCUGGAGUUCAUCACGGAGGUGGCAGAUGGCCUGCUGCUCUACAGUGGACCCCUGGCCCAGCUGCAGCCCUGGGAGCCCGAGGACUUCAUGGCUAUAGAGCUGAUCGAUGGUACUCCCACCCUGAAGAUAAACCACGGCUCAGGCACUCUGGUCCUGCAGUUGCCCGGCAACGUGAAUGUGGCGGACAGACGGUGGCACAGACUGGACGUCAGGAGCAACAGCAAGGACGUACGCUUCACUCUGGAUCGCUGUGCCGGAGCCACGGUUAUGGAGAUGGAGGGGGUGGGGAGCUGGCUGACCACUGAGGACCACACGUCCUGCGAGGUGACCGGCGUCACACCAAAUCUGGACAGGCAUCUGAAUGUAACCCAGGUGCUCCAGCUGGGCGGAGUCAAUGAAAACCUGCCGUAUAUUUACCCCCAACUCCAGCACAAGCACUUCACCGGCUGCAUCCGCAACCUCGUCGUCGACAGUAAGCUGUACGAUCUGGGCUCUCCGGCCGAUGCCUCCGGCAGCAGCCCCGGCUGCCUGAUGACCGACAGCAGCUGCGUGAACAUGGGCUUCCCUUCCUGCGGCACCAGGGGGCGCUGCCACGGCGAGUGGGGCUCCUUCAGCUGCCAGUGCAUCGCCGGGUACAGCGGGCAUCAGUGCGAACAAGAGGUUCCGGAGUAUUCUUUCGAUGGGCGGAGUCACGUGCAUUACCAGAUCUCCGGCCCACUCCCACCCAGACACAUGCAGGUUCAGGUUCUGAUCCGAACCCGCAAACACAGCAGCUCCAUCCUCAGCCUGCUGUCCUCACAACAGAGCGAAUACCUCAGACUGGAGAUAUUUCAGGGUUUGUUAGCUGUGUUCUACAACCUCGGUGACGGAGACUUUAACCUCACCAUCCCCUCCCACCGCCUGGACAACGGCGAAUGGCACGAACUCUACCUGGAUCGACACGACAAUGAGAUGACCCUGCGGGUGGACGGAGGCGGCGGCCGGCGGGAGGUCACGGGGUCGCCGGGGCGGAGUCGUGAGAUCGUCAUCGACCCUGCCAUGGUCAUACUGGGAAGCUCUUUCCCUAUUGCUCACAACAAGAGCUUUCAGGGCUGUAUGAGGGAUCUGAGGCUGAACGGACGCUACGUGCCAUUGGGCAGUCAGUCUAAAGAGGGCGUGUCUGUGGUCAGCUCUCAGGGUGUUACUCUGGGCUGCUCCUCAGACUCCUGCAGGAGAAACAAGUGCACACCUCCGUUCACCUGCGUCGACCUGUGGAGGAUUCAUGAGUGCAGGUGUCCCCCGGGUCACAUGGUCAAGGCCAACGCCACGGGCAAGUUCUGCGUGUACACGCUGUGUGCCAGCCGCCCCUGCCACCGUGGCACCUGCGUGGCCCAGUCGCCCUCCAAAUUCACCUGCCACUGCCCGGAGGGCUACCGUGGGCGGCACUGCGAGGUCACGCUGGCCAUCUACCGCGACGACGUGGGCCUCAGCUUCAGCUCGCUCUUCGCCAUAUGCAUCUGCUUCAUGGCUCUGCUAGUCCUGCUGUUGGGGAUCUUCCUGUACACCCGCUGGCGGAGCUACAAGGGGCUGAAGGAAGGGGUUUACCACGUAUCUGCUCACCACGACGGCUGGGAGGACAUCCGAGAGAACGUCCUCAACUACGACGAAGAAGGAGGUGGAGAGGAGGACCAGAACGCUUACGACAUGGCAGAACUCCAGAAGUCCCUUCAGCCCAGCCCAGCACAGUCCGUGCAGUACGGCCGAUCGCGAGCCCUCCACCACCACCCUCCAACCCAGCAGCAGCAACAGCAGCACCACCAUCAUCAUCUACACCAGUCCGACCCUCCGUCUCGGGCUCUGACUGCCACCAGCACUUCUUCCAUGUCCUCGAACACUACGACUACCACUACCCUUCGCCGAGACGUCCCCCCGACACGGACCCCAGCACAGGGUCAGUGCGCCGGUAGUACUGGUACUGCAGGUCGGGCUUCCCAGCUUUCCCGCAAGAGCCUGUCCUUCUCCAGCCAAGAUCUCGCACGGUACCUGUGCGAGAUCAUCCGAGACGCCGACCAGCACCCGGAGACGGCGCCCUUCGAUUCCUUGCAGGUUUUCUCCACGGAAGGUGGAGGGUCGCUCGCCGGCUCGCUGAGCUCCUUCAGCUCGUCCGGCCUCGAGGACAGCACCACCACAAGCAGCCAUGACUGCCUGAAAGAGUGGGGGCCACGUUUCGAGAAGCUAAAAGCACUUUACGAGAGGGCCGAGGCUAGCGACCUCUAAAGGAAGGGAGGGGCAGCUGCCUCUCCACAGCAGAACAGAUGGACGAAUCCUUGAAGGAAUACUUCAAAAACUUCAAUGUCAAGGAUGGACCUGGAGUCUAAAGGGACUUUUAAAGAAACUGAACGAGGUCUGCUUUGCUUUGCUUUCUUGUCCUUGUCUGGGAUUGUGAAUCUUUACAAAAUGUUUUUCCUCAAGGACUGAAGGAUACAGAGACGAGCUGGCAUGACCGGCGACUAUCAAAUGAGCUGCAAAUGGUACAUUUUGACGUGGCGGUCAAAAGGAAACGAGAGCAUAUGUACACGACGACGACACUUGUUCUGGAUCCUGUGAGGGGGGGGAAUAAAAAAGCAGAAGCAGAUUCACAGCAGUGAUUCGCAGCACUUAUUAUGGAUGGCAGUGAUGGGAAUGGAAGACUACUUUUAUUAGCUUGUUGAAUUACAACAUUGCGGGAGGACCUUUCCUGAUGAUAUGCUUUUCUGGUAUGUCUGUAUUCUGUCUGUAAGAGGAGGUAGAACCUCUGGAUGUGUUUUUUUUUUUUUUUAUGGAAAGGGCAGGAUUAUUCGUUGCCCUUCGCUGGUUUGCUUUUCUUAGUCUCUUACCUUUGCUAUACCUGUUCUGUUCCCAGUGGCCCAGUGUGUUCAUCAUCAGCUGAUUUUCUUUCUUUUUUAUUCACACCAAUUCCCUCAUAAAUUCUCCCCUCCCUUCACACGGACGAAGGAGAGACGGUGAAAAAAGAAGGAGGACGUGUAAGAAGCACUAAAAGAAAACGAGGCAGAGAGCGGCCUUAUUGUUCAGCCCUUUCUGAGACCUUCCUUGGGAAUACAAAUCGUGUCCCUUUCUCCCCCCACACUUUCCAGCCAAAAAAAGGAGACAGACCUGUUGGAAUACAAAUGUGUCUGGGACACACGAGGCAGAAGGCCAAGGUGGAGCAAUUUGAAGGACUCUAAUGCUAUAUAGAGGUUUGCUUUCUGCAACGGAGCAUCGUGGAGAGGCUCGUCGCAGAACUUUUGAGCUUCUGAAAUCGACGUUGAAUGACGGCAUGAGUUCAAGACCCUUAAAACACCCUUAAACUAAGGUCAGAAAGUUUACGAAGAGUCUCAGACUUGAGUACUGCAGUUGUAGGCCAGUGGUGGCCAAACAAAGUUAUGGGUUCGGUACCCAUUGAAAUCAGCGUCACAAAUAAGAAAGAACACCUUUGUCUGUGCAUGCGGGAUCCCGUCGACAUCCCAUCAGGUUCCCAUAGAGAUCCUAUCACCAGGUUAUUGAGCAGUGGUAAGCGGUGGCUUCGGUCUAGGAGCUGAACUCUGCAGUAGGAGCUUUAGUGAAGAGGUUCCACUCUAUUUGGCUCCCUUUAGAGAGCAUUAUGUCCUUAACAAAACCCGCUUACCCUACCGCAGAGCGUCACGGCAUCUCUUCUCCUGCCAAAAAAAGAGGGAAGCAGGAAUUUGAAAGCAAGCAUUUCCCCCUACAAUCGUAUUACAUGCCCCUGCCGAGAAACCUGAUGAACCUCGGCGGUGAGUUGAAUCCAGGCCAGAACUUGCGGAAGAAGUCAGUCUACUUCCUCCAGAAGUAGAAGUGAACGCCCAGGUCCCUGUUGCAUUGCCCUUGAUGCUAAAGCUUCCCAAUAUGUCCAUGUCUAACACAUGGCCAAUAAAGAUGUGGUUCUCGCAUCUUUUUCCUUAAGUUCAUUCCCUCUUCUCCAAUGCCUCAAAUGAAAAUCAGAAAAAACAGUCAUGCGUCCUCCCAUUUAGUAUUCCAUUCAGAGGUAGUGUUUUGUUUGUGCACCUUCCUCGUUCUUCUUCAUCGCUUCAGUUUUUUUUUUCUGUAGCACGGCGCUGUUUGUGGAGCGUGACAGUCCAGCUGUGGAGAGUAGGAGUGAGCUAAAAGACAUCAGAGAGCUAAUCCUAAUGUGAACUGAUUGCUCGCUGUCAUGCUGUGAACCAAAGGAUCAUGGGAGUUGGAGAAGUCGACAGAAGAGUCGUCACUCUUAUUACCGAUCUCAAAAGUGCCAAUUUUUCCAAAGGCAGCGACACGAGUACAAAAAAUAAGCUUUUUCAAAGUCGAGGCUAGGAAUCGGUACUGCUAGCGCUGUGCUCGCUGUGCUCACUAUUUCAUGCACAAGAUAAAGGAACCCACAGGAUAAAGGAUUGUGAUUUUUUUUUUACCGAUUCAUCUCCGGUAACGCGAUUGAAGAGGAUGAACUCUUAGAAAUAAGAGCUUCUGAGGGGAAAAUAAUAAUAAUGGUCAAUGAAGGACAACAAAGGGUCUGUGAUGAAUUGCCAGGAUUGAUCUGAGACCAGUGCAGCCUGGUGAUUUAAAGAAUCAAAAUAAAAAAUUUAAUAAAAUAAAAAAAUUCAAAAGUUCACUUUUGAUUUGUGUGAAAAAAAGAGUAUAUAGUAACUGCAUAUUGUGAUAUAUAUUGUUUUUACCUCAUUUGUACAUACCGGACAGGAGUUAUUAUAAUAAUUAUUGCUUUUUAAAGAAAUAUCCGUUCCUGUUUUUAUUUAAUUUUUUUCCUUUUUUUUUUUUGAGAACUCAUAACUACGAUAUGAGUGAGAGAUAUCGCAAAAAAGAGCGAAGAGCAAAAAGACUCGUCUGCUUCCACUGUUGAACGUGAGCUUUUAACCCCCACCCCCUUUUUCUUUCUUUCUUUCCUUUAUUUUAAUUUUUUUCGUUUGUCACAUCUUUCUUUCGCUAGGUGAAAAUAUCUUGCUGUUUUGUAUUUGCAUCAUUUGACAUGUUUGCUUAUUUUCUUUCUCAAUGAAUAAAAGUUAUUUACUACUA